CUCCAGCAGCGGUCAGUCGCCCACUCCACUCCGCUCGGACAGAAGGAAUCUUGUUCUCGGAAAAAGGAGGGAAGGUUGCGUGAGAGCAAGCAAUGGCCUUCGCUGACGCAGCAGCACGGAGGCUCCUGCGCGGCGCAGGCGGCGGUGCGGCCAAAGGAAUCGCCGUCGGCAUGAGCUUCGGCCUCGACGGCAUGUGGCAGCUCAUCGCCGGCCUGUUCGCGAGCGUGGCUCACCUGCUCGUCCUGCCGUUCGAGGUGCUCGGGCACUGGCUGCAGGCGGCCAUCGCCGCCGUUGCCCACCUGGUCGCCCUGCCGUUCGAGGCGCUCUCGCACUUGCUGCAGUCCGCCGCCGCCGCCGUCAGCUUCUGCUUCGACAGCCUCGUCGCGGCGCUCGGGAGCGCGGCCCACGCUCUGGCAGUGCCGUUCGAGGCGCUCUGGCAUCUGCUGCAGUCUGCCGCCGCCGGCGUCAGCUUAUUCUUCAGCAACCUCGUCGCUGCGUUCGGCAGCGCAGCCCAUGCUCUGGCAGUGCCAUUCGAAACGCUCUGGCAGUGGCUCCAGGCCGCCCCCGCAAGCAUCAGUUUCGGCUUCCACGGUCUGGGGCAGCUCAUACACGGCUGCUUCGACAGCCUCGUCGCCGCGCUCGGGAGCGCGGCCCACGCUCUGGUGGUGCCGUUUGAAGCGGUCUGGCAGUGGCUCCAGGCCGCCGCCGCGGGCGUCAGUUCCGGCUUCGACGGCUUCUGGGAGCACACGCAGGGCAUCUUCGCCGACCUCCCCGCCGCGCUCGCCGGCGCUGCCCACAACCUCGUCCUGUCGUUAGAGUCAUUCUGGCGGUGGGUGCAGAACGCCGUCGGCGGCAUCUGCCUCGAUCUGGACGGCUUUUGGCCGCUCGUCCAGCGCUUCGUCGACACGGCCGCGAGCAAGGCCCACGAGCUCGUCCCGGCCUUGGAGGCGCUCUGGCGGUGGCUCAAGGACGCCGCUGCCGUCGCGCUCCCUUACGUGCUGGCCAUCGCCGCGGUCGUUUGCGUCGCGGCCCUGGUCUGGCACUGCUGGCAGAUCCUGUGCACCGCCGCCGUUCAGGUGGCGAAGGCGCUCGUCCAGGUCCUCUGCUCCUGCUGGGGCUGGUUGUAUGGCGUUGCCAUGCUGGUCGGGCCGUGCUGCGGCCACGUUACCAUGGCCGCCCCGGGCGUUGCCGGCGGGCUGCUGAUAUCACGAGUUGCGUUCGAGACGGCCCCGCGGCUGUUCUUCCGGAUCUCCCGCUCCGCUGGCGGCGCCGUGGCCACUGCUGUCUUCUCCACGCCCACCAUCGCCUCGGCGGUCGCUGCGCCGGUCGCCGCCCUUUUCAGCGGCUGAUUAAGCCGACGUUUUCAAUGUAAUUUGUGCUCUACCAGCGCGCGUACUCUAUCUUGCUUGGCUUCCAAAAACAAUGUAUGAUUUCCAAAGACAAUUUGCGCGGAUCAUCGAUCAA